AUGCCAAGUAACCAAAUUGCCCAGAUCAAGUCAGUUCACGCUGACUGGCCUGCAUAUGUGACAUUCGUCAACAGGACAAAUGUCCCUGUGGAUAUUGCCUGGGUGGAUUACCGGGGAAAACUGGUCAGGUACCGCAACGAGCUUGGCCCCGGGAACAGUCACCACCAGAACACCUAUGUGAGUCAUCCUUGGGUGGCCUGGAGCUCACACAGCCAGGACAAGCUUCUCGUUGGUGGUGGGUUCGUGUUUGAGCCACAGCCAUAUAGAGGAGAACAGACCAGAACCCUUGUGUUCAUUGACCGACCAGUACUGUCAUUGCUGAAACUUUGCAUCAAGAAGAUCCGGUUACUGGUUGGACCUGAUCAAGUUGAAGAUCUAGAAAUCCCCAAAGAUCUGUUCAGAAUACUCAAGAAAAGACACAAUGUGGAGUUUCAAGAUGUCACACGACAGAAUCGACAAUAG